AUGGCUUUCAACGUCCUCACGACCAACGCAGUCGAUCUGCAACAACAACUUGAACAGAAGAUGGUCACAAGCACCCAAAUUGUGGAAAUCUACUUGACGCAAAUAGAUCGCUAUGAGCCUGCACUCAAUGCAUUGAUCUCGCUUGCUCCGCGGGACAAAGUCAUCGCAGUCGCUAAAGCUCGGGAUGAAGAGCGCGGGAAUGGACAAAUUCGGAGUCCAUUUCAUGGCAUCCCAAUCAUUUUGAAAGAUAGCUUUAUUACAGCAUCGGAGCUGGGCAUGAACACCACGGCUGGAUCGUAUGCUUUCCUCGGGGCCAAGGCGUCAAAGAACGGAAGUAUCACUCAGCGGCUGAUCGAUGCGGGCUUGAUUAUCCUUGGGAAGGCUAACAUGACCGAAUUUGCUGGCAUGAAAAUGACCAUGAUGAUGCCCGGUUGGUCUGCUCAUGGCGGCCAAACUCUAUCACCGUAUGUUGGAAAGAUAGAGGAUAAUGAGAAGAUACUUGGUCACUCAGCUCCUGGGGGCUCAUCAACUGGUUCUGCGGUUGCUGUAGCCGCUGGGUUUAGCCCUCUUGCUAUGGCUACUGAGACUAUAGGCUCCAUCGUGACUCCAUCAACACGUGCCGGUCUGUACGCACUUAAGUUCACUACCGGGGUCCAGGAUACUACUGGGUUAUACACCAUGACGGAGUUCUUCGACAGUCCGGGCCCUAUGGCAAAAUCAUCAGUUGACAUUCGCGUUCUUUCUGAGAUUCUGCUCAGUCGUUUAUUUGAUUUCUCCCAAGUUGGCACUUGGGAAGGCCUUUCGGUGGGCUUCCUGGACCCAAAGAUUUGGAGCAUGUCAUCGGACUUUUGUACGCAAUAUGAGGGCACAGCAGAGCAAAUGUUGGACGAGUACGAAGAGACGGUUUCUGCUCUAAGAAAUGGAGGCUGUCUUCUUAAAUAUCCAGUAUAUUGCAAGGAUCCCUCAGCCUUACCGAACAACAUACUGCCAAUCGCCUAUUGGGACUUCAAGAAUGUCUGUAUUCCUGGAUUUAUUGGAUUAUUCGACGAGUGCUCUGUGAAAAGCGUUGCAGAUAUUGUCAACUUCAAUAAGGAAAACAGCGAAAUAGCCCUUCCUGCACCAUUUGCCGAGCAGAAUGACCUAGAAGGGGCGAUGAACACCUCUGAGACAAAGGAAAAAAUAGAUGACAUGAAGCAGGGCCUUCGCAGGGCCGCAAGAGAUAUUCUGGAUAGCCUUUUUGACAAGGAAAAAAUCAAUAUUCUGGCAGGUCCCGGAGACUCCUCGUUAUGUGUUCAUGCUUCGGCUGCAGGGUAUCCUGUCGCCACAGUCCCAGUAGGACAGCUUCGCUACAAUGAUCGGCCGUUCGGUCUAUGUCUGGUGGCCAUGGCAAACGAGGAGGAAAAUUUAUUGCGGUUCAUGAGAGAGUACGAAAGAGUUGCUCAGUCUCGUCCAGUUCCGAAAGUUGGAAUGAACAUGGCUUAG